AUGCCCUUAAGGGCCGCACCGCCUUCCCUGCUGUGCCACUUGACCUACACGAUGCCUCAGACAAGCGAUGUAGGAUGUUCCAUCGACCCUUUCUCACGCCUGCCCAACGAAACUUUACUGCAUAUCUUCUCAUUCCUUGAUGCGGACCAGCUGUUGGUAUGCGGUCAAGUGUGUCGACGCUGGCGCCGCCUCUCUCUUGACUGGCACCUCUGGCAGGUGAAGCUUUUCGAAACGCGCUGGUGCACUAUAGUCUGCCCUGAACCCCCACCACGUGACAUGCCUAUCUUCCUUCCUAAAAGUCCGUUUCACGAUCCCUCCUCUAUCCAUCCGCGUACUGUCUACCGCUUUCUCAGCCAGUACAUUCCUAAAUGUGACGGCGGUGAUAGCGGCAGCGGCGAACUUGAUGACACUUCCUCCCCUCCAUCUACCCCCUCUACUGUACCCGAAGUUCACACCUCUCACCUCUCCGCAUUCAUCCAUUCCAUAAUAUAUCAUGUCCGAAGCCUCCUCCCCUCCCGCAACUCUAGCCCCGCUAACGCUUCAACUGCUGGGGCCUCCCCUAACCGACCGCGAUUCGCGCUUUUCGGUCCGGGACUGGAUCACCGGUGGACAAGUCGCCUCUUCUGGAAGAUGGUGGACACACACACCCGCUCCUUUGAGCCCAUCAACGUUUUCACCGGCCACAUGGGCUUUGAGUCGGGCAUCACAUUACGUCUCUUCGCCCAGGCACAGCAUGCUGUGAUGGACGGGUCCACACGAUGCUCGAGCUCAACGCGGAAGACCUCCUGCGACUCUCCAAAGCCCUCAAACACCUCCACGAUGAGCCGCUUUACAUCCUGCCUGUCCGCAUCCGCUGUACCGCCGAUGAGAUCGGCUGAGACGGAGAGUGUCUCCCCACCACUCGUUCACCACUCCACUGAGUAUCCCUGCCAAUGUCACCAACAUGAGGACUUCACCUUUGACCUAUCCUAUCUCUACUCCUUACCGCCUCACUUAAAACAUGUCUUCAAUGACCAGUAUACUCGUCUGCGUGUUAGUAGGCUCUUCUUCCACCAACAGGGUGUAGAGCGGGAAGAAGAGCGGGAAAUUGCACCGGAGAUGUUGCUUUCGCACCUUGAGGUGACGCAUGAGAUGCGGGAGAUUUGUCGAAAGCUGGACGGUCUCAUCUACGCCAUCGAUGCGAGGGAGUCCGCUGAACAACUGACCCUCCUAUAUCACGAGUUGAGGGCUGUGUUGCGCGCCUUUCCGGAGCGUACGGGUCGACGCAUUCCUCUGGUGGUGCUCUACAUCAUGCCAAAAGAGGAUAUUAAAUUCCAGAAGACCACAGCAGCGUCAACAUCUGCGGCGUCGCCUCCGGUGGUGUCGAAACCAGAGCUGGUGAAUCGAGAUAGCUACAGUGGGGCGGAAUACACAGCAGCAUGGCAUGAUUCCAUCCUUUUGGUUAUUUCAGCCUUGAAGCUCUUUGAGUUGCCGAACCCCUGGAGGCUCCAGAAGUGCUCAAGCAAUGAUAUCAAGACUCUCAUUCAGAGCCUCAUGUGGUUGAAUUUGAAGUACCUUCGACCCGUGGCUGUGUCGAUGGCAGAGGAAUAG